GCGGCGGCGGCGGGCGGGGCCCGGGGGCGGCGGCGGCGGCGGGAGCGGGAGGAGGAUGAGCCGGUUCCUGAGCGUGCUGCGCAGCUGGCUGGUGAUGGUGGCCGUCAUCGCCGCCGGGAACACCCUGCAGAGCUUCCGCGACCACAGCUUUCUCUCCGAGAAGCUGUACACUGCCAGCCCGGGCCUCGUGAACGGGCUCCAGGCUCGGACCUUCGGCGUCUGGACCCUGCUGUCGUCGGUGAUCCGCUGCCUCUGCGCCAUCGACAUCCGCAACAGAACCCUCUAUUACAUCACACUCUUCACCUUCUUUUUGGCCCUCAUUCACUUCCUCUCUGAGGUCUUCAUUUACCACACUGCAGCCUUGACUAUUGGAGUUAUGGCACCCCUCAUGGUAGCAAGUUUCUCUAUCUUGGGGAUGUUGAUUGGGCUGCAGUACCUGGAAGUAGAAGCACUGUCACAUAACAAGAAGAAAAAUUGAGGCUGAGGGCUCUUUGUAGGUCAGCGUUGUCUGUCUUCACUGCCAAUAUUCCACUAAAGCUCAGCUGCACUUCUUCAGGACACCAGUCCCACUGAUGGAUCGAUGUUGGACUCUGUCAAUCAUUCUUCAUUACCAAGUGUUCUUUCUUGUCCAGGCAGCAUUUCAGCUGACUGAUGUCAAAGACCAAGUCCCAGAGGAGUAUGCGACACAGGGGGGCAGUUGGUGACUGCCUUCCUGGAGGAUAGGAGGGCAGGUCUGAGGUGUGCCCAGGGCACUAAGAGCUUCUCUCCCAGCGUACACUGGGGGAGGAGGUGUAGAGCUCCCCAGGAUCCACUGAAAUCUUCAGACCAUAAAGAGAGAACAUGUGCUGCCCCAGCACUGCUAUGUGAUGUGCAUGUGUGUAUUCCUUAGGGGCCAUUUCUAAUAAAUGACAGAAAACUA